AUGACGACGCUCGUGCGGUGGCUCCUCAGCGUCGUGGGGCGGAGGUGGUGGACUAGAGCGCUCUCAGUGGAGCCUGGGGUCUGCCGAUUCGCCGGCGACGACGUCGAUGACGUAUGGGUGCAGCUGCACUACGUGGCAGAGGGCGGACGGGUCAUCCUGUCCCCAGAGGUUGACAUCUACGUGGAGGACAUGAGCUGCGGCAGGGCCGAGACCUGGCCUGCCCGACCCAUCCCGCUGGCGCAGCGGAUGGGCAGGAUGCGGAGGCUGUAUCGCUUCGAAGAGGCGCUGGGGCCUGAGAAUCGGGCCAAGACGCUGACGCGGGGCCGUCAGGCGGCGCUGGAGGUAGAGGCGGCGUCGCCUGAGCCGAGGGAGGCCGGGGCCGUGAGCGGCCAGCGGGUCUCGUGGCAGGAGGGCGCUGGUAGGCGGCUGGCCGCGGAGCGGAGGGGCCUGCUGUGCCUGAGCAUGGCCGUGGCUCGCCGGGCGGGGACGCCGCUGGAGGCUCCUGCUGGGGGUGACGCCUGGGUCGGCCGCAGUGGCGUGCCCGACGAUGUGAUCGGGGCGGAGGUCGACGUGGCGAAGACUGGAGGCCUGAGCUUCGAGGACGGGCCUGAGGCGUUCGGGGUGCUGAGGUCCGCCGACGGUGGCACGGGGCGACUCGGCCGGCUGGGCGCGGGGUCGGACGCUGGGCGCCUGGCAGAGGAGGAGGCUUUCAGGCAUGGCCCAAGCAGGAGCCAGGCGCGUGCCAAGGGCCCCGAGCGCCGACGCACUGCGGCCGCGGCGCCGCUCGAGGAUGAGGAGCCCGCCGGGCCCCCACGCGGCGCGGCUAUGCCAGAGCUGGCGCAGCCGCUGCUGGCGGGGCCGCAGGGCGAGCAACGUGACGCCCUCGCCCGCACGCUCUGGGUCUUCUACGACGAGCAGGGCGGACGGGACAGACGAUGGCGAGACGUGGUAGGCGAGUCGAGGCAGGGGCGCCGCCCAGACGCACGGGUGGGCAGACCGCCGGGGGCUCUCCACAUGCGCGAGCACAUGGUGAGGCACGGAGGCGACCUGCGGCUCGAGCCCGACCUCACCGUAUGCGUGAGGGGCCGUGGGGAGAAUGACUGGGUGGUGCAGAAGCUGAGGACGAUCGCCUACGGAGACCUGCUCAAGCCGAGCUGGACGAACGCGGACAUCUUCGCGGACGUGAGCUCGGAGAAGGACGUCUCGGGGUCAGAGCUCAGGGGCUACAUCCACCAGGGGGCGCAGAAGACGUGCGAGGUGGAGCAGGCGCAGAAUCGGGCAGCCCGCAGCUUCCUGCCGCUCCCGCUGCUGGGCGACGCUGGCCGCCGAAUUCGCGGCAGGUCUUGCAGGGCGAGGCAGUUCGGCCGAGAGAAUCGGAUUGCGGCGGAGGUCAACGGUAUCGUCGAUGCCGUUAACUGGAUGUCGGGGUACGACUCGCUUCCUGGCCCAGCCAAUGACAUGCAGCGGGAUGUACUAGCGCGCUUCGAGGGCCUCGUUCGGGGCCGGCAGCCGGACGCCAAGUUGCAGGAUCCGCAGGCGGCCCUCCGGGAGCUGCUGCGGGGCCGCUCGCCAUACGACGGGCGCAGUGGCCCGACGACGGUCGCCUCCUACAGUGCAGGGCUCGUCAGCAUGCCGAUGGACGUGAGCGACUGCCCGCGUCUAGAGGACCUCUUGCCUGGCGAGGCCCUUACUUUCCUGCAGGAGCGCCAUGAGCGCAUGUUGCGAGAAUCACCCUUGCCGACUGACGUCGAGCCAUACUUCGACUCGGUCCUCAAGUUCAACCACAAGGAGUACCGCGGCCUGGUGCGCCGGCUGCUGUCGGCUGGCAUUCUGGGAUGGACUCUAACACCGAAAGAGAGAAUUGGGAUGUUUUUCGUGUGGAAGGAUGGGCGGCGCCGGCUUCGCCUCAUAGUCGACGCCCGCCGUGCGAACGCCCACUUCAAGGACCCUCCUGGGGUGGAACUUUUGAGCAGCGAGGGCCUUGCCAGAAUCGAGGUGCACGUGCCAGACGCGGGCUUCUCGAACUACGAGGACCUCCGCGCCGCGCUGGAGGCGCAGCAGGUGUACAUCGGCAUGGCGGACGUGAAGGACUGCUUUCAUAGGAUGCGUAUUGAUUCGGCCCUCUCGCAGUACUUCUGCCUGCCGCCGGUCAAGGUCGAGGGGACCAAGGUGCAGACGUCGACGGCCAUCUACCCUUGCUGGCAGGUGCUGCCCAUGGGCUUCAGCUGGUCUCUCUACUUCGCCCAGCGGGCCAACGAGGAGGUGAGCCGCCGCAGCAGCGCGCUCCUUCGGGGGCCCGGUCUCUCAGACCAUGGGCCACCGCUCGUGUUCGCGCCGGGCAGAGCGUCCCAGGAAGUCAGGCACUACGUGUAUGUUGAUAACUUGGGGGUCUUCUCGCUCUUCUCUGAACUCGUGAGCGGCGUGAUGAACCAGCUGACAGGCGAGUUCACCAAGCUGAGCCUACUGCUGCACAAAGACGAGCUGGUGCCGGACAAGGCAGUAGCGCUGGGCACGGAGAUCGACGGGGGCCAAUUGCGCACUCGUGUGACCGGUGAUCGGUUCUGGCGCUGCCGCCAGGCCGUGCGAGGCCUCCUAGCCCGCCGCCGUGUCAAGGGGUGGGCCGUGGAAGCAGUGCUGGGCCACCUAACCUUUUGUGGCCUCUGCUCGCGCGGCACCUUGUCAGCCUUCAAUUCAGUCUACGGCUUCGUGCGAGCCCACUACGACGAGGCGGCCGUGCUAUGGACUGAGGCGCGGCAGGAGCUGACGGCCUUCAGCUCUUUGAUGUACUUCCUGGAAUCAGAUUGGUGGCUACCUUGGAAUCCCUUGGUGCAGCAGUCAGAUGCCAGUCUUCACGGCUACGGACUGGCAAGGGCCUUUUGGCCGCGGGAGCUGGUGGAGUCAGUCGGGCGCGUGCCUGAGCGAGCCCGCUUCCGCCGGCGCUGCGCGCACAGUGCCCGCGAGGCUGCGCUCUGUGCAGCUGGUUUCAGCAUGAGCGAGAGUGGAAAAUGGGAACUCAAGGGCCUUCCUGAAGAUGAGGAGGAGCUGGGCCAGUGGGACGUUAUGAGGGACUUCCCGGAGGUGCCCGCCCGGGGGCUCCGCGCAGGUCUGCGGGGGCCCUGCUUCGCAAGAGCCUGGCAGCACCCUGAGGGCAUCCUGACCUUAGAGGCCCGAGCCCUGGCGCCGGACGGGCGUGGCCGCUGCCUCGGCCCCCUGCAGACCAGACAGGGCGCGAGGCCUGGCCUGGGGCCGUCUGCCCAGGGUCAGGAGGCGGGAUGCCCGCGGCAGCUUGCCCCUUUGCCGCCAGUGGCGCCGCUGCCGUCGCCGGCAGCUUGGCGGGAGCACCAGCUGUGCGAGUCGGAGCUCCUGAAGACAGCGGUGCAGGGCCGUCCCCUGCCGCGGAGCUCGGGGCAGAUGGCGGAGGACCUGAAGGAGAUGCCUGUGCCAGCGGAGCCCGCUCAGGGAGUGCGAGAGAGCGACGGCUCCUCCGACAGCGGGAGCUCCGAGCCCGAGGUCGAGACCGACGCCGCGCGGCAGCCCAGGUUCGCGCAGUCGCACGAGCGCCUUGCCCGCCACUACGGGUCCCCUUACCUGGAGAGGGAGGCCGUGUGGAUUCCGUCGCUGCGCGAGCACCAGAGGGUUGGGACCAUUGGCGAGGUCAUGGAGAGCAGGGACGUUGCCAUGGUGACCUCGGCGUUGGUGAGCCAGCUGACCGGACUGCACCAGACUGGAACUCACCCCUCCUGGGCCGAGAGGCUGAUGGUCGGCGUCCCGCAUUUCAACCCCGACGGGUCGAGCUACGGUGCCUGGCGCCUCCCCCUGGGCUGGAGUUUCUGGACCCUGAGGCUCUCCCCGGAGGAGGAAGGCCCGUGGGAGGGAGCGGGCCUGGUGAAGGUGUCGCUAGAGUCAGACUCGCCCUGGAUGCGCUUCUUGGGCCCUGUGCUGUGUCAGAUGAAGAAGGAGAAGCGCCCCGAGUACCCGUGGAACUUCACGUGCCCAGAGUACCGCAGGAGGUUCAGCCUACGUCUCCAAGACCUGCCAGCAAGAGCCGAGUUGGUGCCGUAUCAGGUUUGCCUUUCAAGGGCCUUGGUAUGCAUGGCGAGGAGGUGGGGGCGGCUGGCCGAGGUGCAGACACGCUGGCAGUGGAGAGCCAAGCGCAGCGUCGUCCGCUACGAGAAGCACGCGCGCCUGGCAGCCACGUGGUCAACUCGGAGCCGCACGGUGCAAAACGUGUUCCUGGUCUGCGGGGUUCAGCUCGCGGACAUCAUUUCGGAUCGCGCCUCGCCGCUCGACUUGCGGGAGCUCGGCUGCGUCUGA